AUGGUAAUGGAGGCUCCCCCAUCACCCCAAAGUGUAGGAAGAGAGUUUGUGAGGCAGUACUACACACUGUUAAACAAAGCACCCACCCAUCUUCACAGAUUCUAUAACCAUCAAUCAUCGUUCGUUCAUGGCGGAUUGGACCCACCAAACCGUGAAACUAGCCCUGUCAUCGGUCAAAAGCAAAUUCAUCAGAAAAUUCAACAGUUGAACUUCAGGGACUGUCAUGCUAAGAUCACCCAGGUCGACUCUCAGGCUACUCUUGGCAAUGGUGUGGUUGUGCAAGUGACUGGAGAGCUGUCAAAUGCAGGCCAGCCUAUGCGCCGUUUCACCCAGACGUUUGUGUUGGCGGCUCAGUCUCCCAAGAAGUUCUACGUCCAUAAUGACAUCUUCCGUUACCAAGAUGAGAUCAUUUCCGACGAGGAAUGUGAUGAUGGCGUUCAUUCUGAACCUGAGGAAGAAGUUUCCACUGGACAAGGGAUUGUUGAACACCAACCAACAAUAACUCAGGCUGCUAUUGCUCCAUACUAUAAUCCAAACGCAGGCCAGUUGCAGCCUAGUAUUCCGGCUGUACCAAUUCACCACAACCAGCAACCUCCACCACAUGUAAUGAAUCCACCGGUACCAACUGUCAAUGGAGCCAUUCAUCCGGAUGAAAUUAAUGUUAUGCAAGGACAAGUCCCAACUCAUGUUCCUGCUCCUCAAACUCAAGGAAUCGGAACUCCUCUUCCGGCUAUGCAACAAGGACUCGGCCAAACGCCAAUCCCACAACAACCACCAAUCGAAGAACCUCAACCACCCAUGGAGGAUUUGGUUGAAGAACCUUUAGACAACAGCUACCCAGAACAACCAGAAAAUGAACAGGAACAAGAUAUUGGUAUCAUUGAAGCGGGUUACGAAAACGAUUAUAAAGACGCUUUCCCAGCUUCCAAUGAACCCAAGACCUAUGCAAACCUUUUAAAAUCAGGCCCUGGUCUACCUUACUCUUCCCCACCAUCUCAGACAUCAGCUAUGCCGAUGUCUCAGAAUUUGAUUCGUCCCGUAUCUCCACCAGCCUCGGGAGGAUACCAGAACUCAGGAUUGCGCUCUAAUCAGAACAAUGCAAAUAAUCGCAAUGUUUCUGGCGGAGGGCCAAGACCAGGCCAACAGCAAAGGAUGCCCAACAGGCAAGAUUCAGGAAGAAACAGCAUGGGAGGAGGAAGAACCAUGGGAAAUGAUGAUAUGAUAUUUGAUGAAAGACGAAGAUCCCAAAGCCAAAACUUUAACGAUGUCAAUCAAUUGUUCUUGGGUAAUUUGCCACACAAUGCCACCGAGGACGAGCUGCGAAACAUCUUCAGUGAUUAUGGCAACAUCAUUGACCUGAGAGUCCACAGUAAACCCCCCAAAUCUGGUGGACCACCCGGAGCUCGUGCUCCACCCAAUUACGGAUUCAUCACAUAUGAGACCCAGCAAGCUGUUGAGAAUUGUUUGAGAGCGAAACCGAUAUACUACCCAAAAGAUGAUAAAACCGGCAUCGUUCUGAACGUUGAAGAGAAAAAGAUGAAGGGUCCGUCUUAUGGAGGCGGUCGUCCCUUGGGCGGCGACAACAGGGACAAUAGAGAUAACAGAGACAACCGAGACAACAGGAGCGGCCGAGGCGACAACGGCAGUCAACGAAGAGGUAUGGGCGGCGGCCCCGGCGGAGUGAACAGGAACAGCAGCGGUGGCCCUGGGGGUCCACAAGGUCCCAAUAACAGAACGAACACAUACAGCAACAGAAGUUCGGGUGGAGGGCCACCCAGCCGGGGUGGACAGAAUGCCUAUAACCGCCGCUAG